CUAACUACUAAUUGAGGAACUGAUGAUUAUUGCAAUCUCCUUUCAAUAACUUUUUGUGUUCCUUGAUUUAAAGUGAUAGUGAAUCAUGGUACUAUAAUCAUUAAGAUAUUUUAAGUAACAAACGAAUGAAUUUACUUAGUUUAUUUAAUUGCGAAUUAAAGAAAUUUUAGCAAUAGAAUAUAGCCGAACUUAAUGUUUGAUUAUAUACAUACAUGAAAGGUUGACAGUAGUGUACUUAUUACAACAUUCCAAUAUGUAUAUGGCUAAUGGACACACACCCUAAUAAUGCACCUAUGUGCUAUGUUAAGCCUACUGCAGACAUGAACAUUAAAGUGAGCAUGUUUGUCGAUCAUAAUGGAAAGAUUUAUUUACCAUACCUUCAUGAUUGGUUACCACACUCAUCCGAUUUACUUAGCCUAAUUCAAAUAAUGAUUGUAACAUUUGGAGAACAACCACCUGUUUAUGCUAAACCACGAGGUAUACAAACAAGUUCUACACCUUAUCCAGUACAACCUUUCAUGCCUGUACCUGCAAGUGGAACGCAUAUUCCUGGUACUAAUUUUCCACCAUAUCCACAAAACUCACAGUAUGCAGGUGGAAGUAACAUUUAUCCUCCAUAUAUGUCUACAACAUCUUCUGGAUUUCCAUACCAAGGCUCAUACAGUUCAUAUGGAGGAAGUACAUCAAAUUAUCCAUCUCAAGGAUGUACUGGCUCUUUUCCAUACCCUCCAUCAACACAGCCAUCUCCAACAGUACCUGCUACUGCUGGUGCAUCAGGUACAAUUACUGAAGAACAUAUUAGAGCAUCUUUGUUGUCAGCAGUAGAAGACAAAUUAAGACGAAGACUUAAAGAACAGUUCUCACAGUUGUUAGCUGAGCUAGAAACGUUACGUCGAACGCAACAAGAACUUACAAGCGGAUCUGCUCAUCUUACCGAAUUGUUCGAUAGAUUGAAGAAGGAGAAGGCUGAACUUGAAAAAAAUAUAACUAUACUCCAAGAUAAAGAAGCUGAAUUGGAAAAAGAAAUCGCAAAACUUUCUGACAAUCAGUCUAUAGACGUCGAUGAAGCUGUUACAACGAUCGCACCACUUUACAAACAAAUGUUAAACGCAUAUGCGGAAGAAGCAGCAACAGAAGAUGCUAUAUAUUACUUGGGUGAAGCUUUACGUUGUGGUAUCAUAGAUUUAGAUGCAUUUUUAAAACAAGUACGACAACUUUCACGCAGACAAUUCAUGCUAAGAGCACUUAUGCAACGCUGUCGCCAAAAAGCGGGACUGGCUGGUUAAUCAUUUUACUCAAUUUUUAUAAAGUUGCUCCAUUUAAUAUUUUAUUUUAUUACAAACGAUAUAUGCAAAAUGAACUAUGUAAAUUCCACAAUGAUAGAGGAAUAGAGAUAUGUUAUAAAAAGAAAGAGACAUUCUCGUUACAGAAAUUGUAUGCUAUAUAUACAGUAAUGUAUUUUUGUUUCAUGUUGUAUACAUUAUUUUGUUCGUAACAAAGAAUAUAACGUGAACGUAAAGCUUUUAUACAUAAAAACGAAUAAAAAAUAAACAUACACAUACACAUAUAUAUAUAUGUGUGUGUGUAUAUAUAAAAUGAACAAAUUAAGGUUUAAAUAAUUAUACUAAAAAUAAAUAUCCUUACGAGGUUAUAUUUCUAAACAUAAUGUAUUAAAAAUGUGUAAAGAAUGCGAAAUUUUUAAUUGACUUUUUUUAAAAUCAUAAAAAAAUUAUGUACCUUAAAUACUUUUAGAUACACAAAAAAUAUAA